AUGGAUCAGGACGUUGUGAAGUUCGUGAUGCAAAAGAGCUAUUCAGGAACGUCACCUUAUAAACGUGUGAUGGUGAUACUGAAUCCACACGGUGGCCAAGGUAAGGCAAUAGAUCUCUUCAUGACGAGGGCCAAGCCCAUCCUGGACGCUGCCGGCUGUGCUGUUGACAUCUGUAAGACUGAGAAGUACAGACACGCUGUGGAGAUUGUAGAAACCAUGGACGUUUCGAAAUACGACGUUAUUGCGUGUGCCUCCGGUGAUGGUAUCCCCCAUGAGGUGUUCAACGGGCUUUACAGACGUGCUGACCGUGCCCAUGCGCUGGACUCCAUCGCAGUGACCCAAUUGCCCUGUGGCUCGGGUAAUGCCAUGUCAGAAUCGUGCCACGGGACAGGCGAGGCCUCCCAGGCUGCCAUAUCGCUUGUCAAGUCACAUGUGGUCAAUAUUGACCUGAUGGCUGUGACACAGCAGGGGAAGACAACGGUGUCAUUCCUGUCACAGACCAUGGGUGUUAUCGCAGACGCAGAUAUCAAGACAGAGGCUCUACGGUUCCUCGGAGCCGUGAGAUUCGACAUCGGCGUGGCAUAUGGAGUGUUUGCAGGGCACAAGUAUCCCUGUGAACUCGCUGUGAAAUACGCUGCGAAGUCAAAGACCGAGGUUCGUGAUUAUUUCGACCGUCACGUUGCCAAACUGGACGAUAAGACAUCCAAAAUCACUGAAGAGACUUUGACGUUGAAGUACAACGCCGACUCUCCCAUCCCAGAUGACUGGGAAAGACUGGAAAGAGACUUCUGCGACAACAUCGAAGUGUUUUACACCGGAAAGAUGCCCUACAUCUCGCACGACGUCAAUUUCUUCCCUGCAGCACUGCCGAACGACGGGUCGUUCGACCUGAUCAUGAUGGACUCGCGCACCCCAAUCACAAGACAGACGCCGAUCCUACUAAGCCUGGACUCUGGUAAACACGUCCAUGCACCUGAAGUGCAACAUGCAAAGGUUCUAGCGUACCGGUUGACUCCAAAAUUCACAGGCGGACUACUCUCAAUCGACGGCGAGAGGUUCCCGUUCGAGGAGACACAGGUCGAAGUGCUCCCGGGGGCAGCAAAGACUCUGAUGAAGAAUGGCAUAUUCAGACCAGACAGAGCACUCAACGAGAUUUAG